AUGAGCUCCUUCACCACAAAAACUCCGCCACCGUAUCUCCGCCGUCCAAAUUACCAUAGCCGCUUAAACCUACCGUUCUCCGUCAAAUGCAGCGCCGGAGAAUCCCAACAAGACAGCUUCACUCGCCGGAGAACACUGACCUCACUUAUAACAUUCACGGCCAUCGGCGCUGCUGCCACGUCAUCAGCAUUAGCACAGGAGAAAUGGGGAACGAGGUCAUUCAUUAAAGAGAAGUAUUUUCAGCCGGGGCUAUCGCCGGAGGAUGCGGCCGCGCGUAUUAAACAGACGGCAGAAGGAUUAAGAGACAUGAGGGAGAUGUUGGACCACAUGUCGUGGAGGUACGUUAUAUUCUACAUAAGACUGAAACAGGCUUAUCUGUCUCAGGAUCUGACCAACGCCAUGAACAUCUUACCGGAGAGUCGCCGGAAUGAUUACGUUCAGGCGGCAAAUCAGCUAGUCGAAAACAUGAGUGAGUUGGAUUUUUACGUGCGGACGCCAAAGGUGUACGAGUCGUAUCUCUACUACGAGAAGACAUUGAAAUCGAUAGAUAACGUGGUGGAGCUUCUUGCUUAA